UGCUCUUAAGCUUUGUUUUGUUUUUCUCCAGAUGAAGUAAUAUAGUACUGAUGCAUUAGAAAUUACAAAAACCAUUAUGAACAAAUGCAAUAAUUAUACACUGCAUUGAUCUAGGUUUGUUAUCUGAGCUAGAAGUGUGAAGAGCCAGUAAUUAUCAUCAAUUGAUGGCUAAUAUGUUUUUCUAUGUUAGCAGAAAGCAAUGACUUUUUUGUAGUAAUGUAAACAUAUUUCUCAUAAUAAAAGUAAAAGAACUUUAAAAAAGCAACAAGUUGUUUACUUUAUUGUGACAUUGUUAAAAAUAACCUUAGGGGAUUAUAAAGACUUAGAGGUUAAAGGUCAGGGACAAUAGAUUCAUAGGGUGUAUAAUUACACUUCAAUAAAAGAUUAUGUAAGAAAAAAUGAAUAUUAAAUGCUGAUUGUCAAAUAGUUGUCUCUAGUAAAAAUCUUACACUUUGAGAUGCCCCCUUUAACUUUGAUCAAUGAAAAUACUAUGAAGACAGUGAGAAAGUGUUGAGAAUGUUGUGACAAAUUUAUUGAUCUGGAAAUGACAUCCCCAGAGUGAUUGGCAGAAUACUAGAUGUACAUUUUAUUGUUAGAUUCACUCUAGUGUAUAGUGUUUAUCAGCUUGGACUAGUCAUUUGUGUUUGUAAAUAAAUUUGGUAGUCUGCAAAAUAAAAAAUGUUGGAUUUAGCUCUUUUUCAAAAGGAGUUGUCUGUCAGUCUGGAGGAUAAAGGAGGGGAAAGUGUGCCUCUGAGGGUGGAGCUACCGCCUCAAAAGAUGGAGUCACACAGCAACAAAUUACUGACAUUGGAUAACAACCUGGAAAAACCCGUUCAGUCAGACGAAAAGGAAAAGACCCCAACAGAAACAACACAGGACAAUCGAUUAAGUAUUGAGGAGUUUGAAUGUGGCGUACAGUUUGAAAGUACAGAGAAGAACAAACAGGAAUGGUCUUUUACUCUGUAUGAUUUCGAUGGGCAGGGCAAAGUAACAAAAGAGGAUUUAUCCAGUUUGCUGAAAGCUUUAUAUGAUGCAGUGGGAUCCUCUAUCAAAAUACCCUCAAAUGGAACAAAAACAUUAAAACUCAGACUGACUGUGGGCCCAGAUGGGUCAUUGUCACCCAGUCACAAAGGGUCACCAAAGUCCAAAGAAAAUAAGGACAAGUGCAAGGACACUCCAAAAGUCAAGGACACUACAAAGUUACAAAAAGUGAACAAUCUUACACAGGCAAAUUUACAAAUGCCCUUGAAACAGUGCAAUAGUGAGAUACAAGGUCAUUGCUAUGGUAACAAUUUAAGUCAAUGUCAGAGUCCAAAGAGAUUACCGUUUACUUCACAAGAACAUCAACAGUUGGCGGAGUUAGUGCAAGAAAAUAUGGAACGCAAUCACAUUAAACAACUGAGACGGCAUCAUUCUGAUUGUAGAGGAAAUACUCAUGAACAUUCUCAUCACAAACGACGUCACCGUGGACACUGUAGUAAAAACAAUGGUGCUACUAACGUUAAUGAACGGGCGAAGGAAUGUCAAGAUCGUAGGAACUAUUACCUGGAUUUGGCUGGAAUCGAGCACACUGCAGUCAAGGGACAAAAUAAUGCAUUGUGUGAAGAUACUCAACAUCAAAGGUCAAGGUCAAAUGACCUUCCCCAUAAAUGUGACAAUGUGAAAAAAGAGGUGGAAUUUUUACACAAACAUUCAGACAUGACAUCUAGGGUUGAUCACAUUAGAUCAAAGUCGUUUGAUCCACAAGAAAUUGCAACUCGGUCACCGAAAGGACUUCACAAGACAAUUUCCUCCUCACUAUCACCAUUAAAAUCACACAAAUUCAGGCCAUUAAGUUUGCCAAUGAACAUUGAGCCGGCAAUCACUUCACAUUACCAUAGGCGACACCGACAGCGAGAGAAAGACCAUGACCUUGCAAUGCAACAAGUUGCGGAAUGGAUUGAAAAAGAGCAUACACUUGACAAAGAUGGUGAAAAAGUCAUUGUACAGAGACAUGAACAUCAUCAUAUACAUGAACACCAUCAUCACCAUCAUUACCACCAUUAUCAUGAGGCAUGAUGGGAAAUUAUUCUGGGUAAAAAAUGGUUGCUCAAGACUAAUGCUUGGAAAUGUAAACAGAUUUUUUUAAGAUUAAAAUGAUGGUUGUAGAUUUUCAGAACAUUUCAUUUUCACAUUUUUGUAAAAUUUCGACUUAUUUGGCAACUUUUAAAUCCUCAUUUGAAAUGAAAUACCUUGCAAUAUACACUAUCAACUAUUUUUUGGAUGCUUUUAAGAAAGCGGAAGAGAUUAAGAACAGCUUAUAUAUUAUAUAUACAAUCUGUAUUUCUGAAAUGAAAUAAAAACUUUGCAUUAGGAUUUCUAUAUGUAUUAUAGUCAUUUAUUUAUGCUAAAUAGGGCAUAUUGAAAUCCAUUGUUUAUUGUAUAGUCAUUUUGUUACUUGAAUCUCAUUGGAGGAUAUUUUGUCAUGUGAUAUUUUGCUGCCCUGAUUUGCUUAAGUAAUUUGCAUAAUUUGUCAGAUGUAAAUUUCUCUUUUAAAAUUUUAAGUGUAGUCAAAUGAUAAAUUAUGUUGUUUUCAUGUUUGAAUAAAUCGGAUAGAAGAUUAUGAAAUUGUCAUAAGUUGCAUAAAAAGUUUACCACAUUAUGAAAUAAACAUGAUCUGACAUGGAAACUUAUCAUCUUGUGGUGUUAACAGAAUAUUGCCUUUGAUUUAAAUUUUUGAGUGUCAGCUUGUAUAAGAAAACAAACAGUUCUAUGAGAUAAUCAUUAAUAAGUUUUUUUUAUCUAAUGUACAAAAGACUUCAUCAAAAAGAACUUUCAGCAACAAUCUACCGAUAUUGACAUGUUUGAAAAUAUUGAAAAAUGAAACAGGAUAUGAGAAUGUUUUAUAUAAUCCAUAAUGGAUAUUUUUUUAUAUGUAUUUUGUAACAAAAACAAUAUUUGACAAAAAGCUUUAAAUAGAAUUUUUGAGAGAUGUUAUUUUUACUUGAUUACAAACUGUUUAAGUUCUUGGGCUUAUUACAUAUUCAACUCAGGGUAUUGUGAUAAAUUUUGUUAUUUAUUUUUACUUGUGGACUUGAAGAUGUGUCUGUGAGAAUGAAUGAUUUUGUUUUUGUUGAUGGCUGUUGUUAAAUUGUUAUUGCUUCAUUGAUUUCACCUGGCUAUCAUGACUUAAAACUGCUACAUAAUUCAGAGAUGCUUUAGAGAAGACAAUGUAAACAGUGAUCACCAUGCAAAGUUAUUGCAAAACAUUUGUGAGUUUCUUUUCAUAAAUAAGCCAUCCCUCAGUUAUAUAGCAUUUCAAGCACUUUGGAUUAGGGGAAAUUUAUGAAGUAAUAUCUGGGUUGUGUUUUACAAACUUGGUAGUUUGUAUGCUUUCUUCGGAAUGAUCUGUUUUAAAGGAUAUAAAUUCAUCUAUUAUUUCUUAGAUGUAUUUUGUAAGACCAUUUUACUAAGCUGUUAUUUUUGAAUAUUUUUGCAUGUCAGAUUAUUUUUGAAUUAAUUUCUAAAUUUAAAUUAUUUUUAUGGUUUCUUUAUAGAAAUAGGCACAGGUUGCUUCUAUAUUAAUUAUACACAAUCUUUUUUAAAUACAAAAUCAGAUUCUUUUAAAUAAUGAAGAUGAGACUCUGUAUGCUUGUAUAUUGUUAUACUAUGUGUGAAUGUGAAUAUUCUGUAUUUUGUAAGAAAACAGAGUGAAUUUUAAUGUAAUGAUUGUAGAACAAGUUAUUCAUUUGCUUAUAAAGUAAACUUCUUGAUAAUCUAAGUACUGUGUUUUAACUUUCAGAUAAUCUUGAAAAAUACAAAAGAGAAGGUUAUAUGUACGACUUAAAGAACCUUCUUACAUGUUGUGUAGCAACUUUCUUGCAUCUUAUGAAACUAAUCCUUUAAUGUUAUAAACAUAUUUAGGAACUUCUAAUAGUCUUUUACACUCUUAUUGUCAUCAAGCAUAUUCAAAGUUGCUGUUAAAUGGAGUUUCCAGAGUGACAAACUUUCUGAAGAAUUGAGGAUCCGGUAUGUCUCCCACAACUGACCAUUUUGUAUAUUGCUAUAAACUGCCACUUAUAUCCAUUGAAGAAAUACAUGUCAUUGCAGCUUCCAUUAACAUUGGUUCCACUUUGUAUCAGUUAGUCAUCAUAUUUCAUGCUCAAAUCAACUACCUCAACAAAUAUGGAAGUAUGGAUUGAUCAUUAUUUUGGGUACUUUCCUUCCUUGUACACACUGUUUUUUUACAACAUUUAAAGCCAAUAAAUAAACAAUUGUGAAAUAUGUCAAUAUUCUUUAUAGUUUACGUCAGUUUCACAGAGAUUUUUGUAAAUACUUUGUUUAAAAUUAUUAAAAUUAUGAUAGUUUGCAGACACAAACCAAACAAACAUUAAUGCAGAAAUGAAUAUUAUUCCUGGAUUUGCAUUGGUUUUACCGGCGUUCAGUUACUGUCAGCUGAAAAAAAAAAUGCCCAAAUUUUGUCCGACUUAUACGAGGGUCAAGACUAAAUCCUUAGAAUUUGGAGCUGAAAAGGGCACCCGAGUAGGAUCGACUAUUAGGCGAGUUUCUAUGGUACAACCAGUAUAGAUAUAACACUGAAAAUUCAAACUUAAGUUAAAAAUUGCUGAGUAUGAAAAUUAUAACAAUGAACUUUUUCAAUGAGUUAGCACCAUCUAAAAUUGAUUUACAGAUGUUGUACUCAGAUAUAGGAAUAAACAUUUUGAAGCAAAAACAGUCUGAACAUCUUACAAUUAAUUAGGACAAAAAUGAGGUAGUUCCAUCUUAUUGUGGAAACAAGGUUGUUUUGUGUACAUGAGGAACUUUCAAUGGUGUUUUUAUACUGUGUAUAUCAUUUAUGAAAACCUAUGUCCAUUGCUACAUUAAAUGUAAAGUUGUAAUUAUUUGUUGGGUACCAAUUACAGAUGAUUUCAUUGUUUGAAAAAUAUCUGCAAUUUAGCCCUGUACUAAAUACUGAGUAUUUAUUGUCCAUUUCAAACUUUUAAGAGCUCUCAUUACAAAUACUAGAAACUGACAAUUCUAAAUACUGAGUAUUUAUUGUGUAUUUCAAACUUUCAAGAGAACACAUUACAAAUACUAGAAACUGACAGACUUUUUAUAAUUUUCAUAGUAAUCUUUUUUUCAUAUUUUGUAUUGGGAGAUAGAUUUAUUACUUUGAAAUAUGUUAUCAAAGCAUGACUAAAACAUAUUCUGUAUUAUUUGACUGUAAUAUGUCUUUAAAAAUACAAUCAUUUGACCAAGGUUAUUGUUUUUGUCCUUUCACACAUUUGACCAUCAGAUGUAAUAAAAUAGCCUUAAAUGGA